AUAAAGUUGAACUUCGACUGCCUGUUGAUGUGUUUUGUUAUAAUCCUAAAUAUAAAAAACGAAGUGAUUUGUUUCUUCAGGGUUUCGCUGAGGUUCAAGCACGAGACGCUAGCGAUCCCACAUCUUUUUAUGCAAUUGGUGGUAUUCAUGGUCUUCCUUUUGUUCCCUAUGACCUUUUGCCUGAUGAAAAAAUACCAUUAACUGAUUGGCAAAAAGGAGAAACUAAUCGCUGGGGUGGUUAUUGUCAUCAUGGCGAUAUUCUUUUUCCUACUUGGCAUCGACCAUAUGUUAUGUUGCUCGAAAUGCUUAUUUAUGAAGCUGCUAAGAAAAUAAUUUACACGGAUCAAGAACAAAGUUACCCAGCUGGAAAAGAAACCGACGAAUACAAACAAGAACUUGAGAAAAUUCGAUUUCCAUACUGGGAUUGGGCCAGUCCAUCCACUCUUACAAAUGGUGUUCCCUCAAUCAUAUUUGAUGAAUAUGUUUAU